CGCCAUUUUCUUUAGGGAAGCCUAACGCACCCGCUACUCUAUACACAUGUAUACAUAUAUAUGUAUAUGUAGGUAUAAAAUAAUAGGGUCGAGAAUAAUAUUUGUUCGUACAAAACGAUUGCAGUAAUCAUUUAAUUUUAUCAGAACGGUUAAGAUAGACGUGUGUUCGGUCUGUUUAAAAAAUGACUGUUGGUAGGAUAGAAUAAUGGAUGAAAAUUGGCAUAGAAUCUGCGUAAACAUGCGUCAGAAAUUUAGGCGGGAUGUCCCGGAGCAUGUGUAGCUAGUCGUUAUAGAAAAUAUAGAUACAUGUACGUAUAUUCGGUGAUUGUGUGAAUCGAGGUGGACAGUGGGGUAGCGUGUCGCGGCCGCGGCCGCGGCACCGCGCAGUGCCGCGAGAGGGUGUCGUGCGAGGCAGGUCAGGGCUGGGGCUCGUUACCUCGCUCGCUGCUCGCUGCUCAGUACGUUUGCGUACGCCGUGCCGUAUCGUAACGUUGCGUUCUGUUCCGUUCCGUUCCUAUCGUGUUUAGUGUUCCUCCGCGAUUCUUCGCUCCUCUGCUUCUCUCCGCUGUCUGUAUUGGAUCUCGACGAUCGUAAGCCAACUUAGCACGAAAGUCGUCGAUGAUAAUGAGUGUGUGCUUCGCGAUGGUGCAGCGAGCUUACAUAAUUGUUGGCGUACAUUGAGAGUUGCAUACGCGGCUGACACGAGUGAGUGCGUGCUACUCUUUUCCCUCGAUACUCGAUAUCCCACUAUUCGCCGUUUCGAACACUGAUUCUCCCCUACUUUGAUUCCAUCAAUGGUUUCGUCGGGCUAUACCACCAGUUGGGGUACGCAGCAGUCGUCGAACUCUCAGCCAGUGGAGACGGAUCGACCGGAACAGAGGAUCCAAAACGCGAGCGUAACAGCGGAAGAAGAAUCUACGGAAUUUCUCAAAAUGACGGAUCAACGAGAGCAACAACUUCAACAACAGCAACACCAGCAGCAGUCUCAACAACUACCGCAGCAGCAACAGCAAUCUCAUCAACAAAUUAAAAGCAACGAAGAGCCAAGAACUAAUUUGAUCAUCAAUUAUCUGCCGCAAAGUAUGACGGAGAAGGAUCUGUAUAGUCUAUUCGUAACUAUCGGACCCGUGGAAUCGUGUCGUGUUAUGAAAGACUACAAAACUGGAUACAGUUACGGUUUUGGAUUCGUUAAUUAUGCAAAAGCCGAAGACGCAGCCACUGCUAUAAACACCUUGAACGGGCUUCAGGUUCAAAACAAAAGGCUAAAGGUAUCUUUUGCACGACCAUCCGGCGAAGAGAUUAAGGAAACCAAUCUUUACGUUACAAAUUUACCGAGAAAUAUAACAGAGAGCCAGAUCGAUGAUAUAUUUAGCAAAUAUGGUAAUAUCGUACAAAAAAAUAUUCUGAAAGACAAAAUCACUGGAUUACCAAGAGGCGUGGCAUUUGUAAGAUUCGAUAAACGGGAAGAGGCGCAAGAAGCGAUCGCUCGGCUACACGGGACGAUACCGGAAGGCGGAUCAGAACCACUUAGCGUAAAAAUCGCGGAGGAACACGGAAAGCAAAAAGCGGCGUACUAUGCGGGAUGGCAGGCUGGUUACAACCAGAGUCGAGGUACCGGUGGUAGUCUGAGUGGUGGAGGAAGGGGCAGAGGUAUCAGUGGACCACCUGGAAUGGGCAUGGGCAUCAGCGGCAGUGGUCCAGGAAUGCUAGGCAGAGCGAGCGGAUUCGGACCACGCGGCGGACCGCACGGUGGAUUUCUCAGCGGGAGCGGCGGACCAGGAGCCAUGAGAAUGGAGAAGAUUCACCCUCAUCGUUUCAAUCCCAUAGGCAUGGGCGGUGGUUACGUGCAGUCGCAUUUCUGGUGACCUAGCGUCGACGAGUCGCCGACCAAGACAGCACCGGACACCACGUACCUUUCCGCGUUUCACCGGAGAGCAAGCUGCGACGAUCGUUGUCGUUCGUAAUCGCUGAGAACACUACCGGGAUACCGAUAAUUAACUAGGCUGCUAGUCGAUACACACAGGGUACUCGAUUACCGCGCGCGGUCAGAGCAGCCUGACGUCGUCGUCGUCGUCUAUGCGAAUCUUGCAUCUCGAUGUCCGGCUCGGGAAGCUUCAGGACAGACUGAUAUCGCGAAAGUGUAAAUUAUUCUGCGCGACGCAUAGUAUUUAAUGAUAUUUCUACGUGCCUGUACCAAAGCUCGGAACACCUAGUAUUUGUACAUCCAGUGAUGGACACUCGAGACCCCCCCCUCUUAGUCGUUUAGGUCACCUCGAUUAGUCGUAGUUCAGCCCGAACAGACUUAGAUUGCUCGUUUUUAACCCUUUCACUGCGGAAGCUCGCUGUAGUGGUCGUUCGCCGACACGGGUCGUGUACCUAUGUAUGGAUAGUAGUUUCGAGGAAUCUGGCUGUAAGUCGUGUUCUUCGGGAAUCCUCGAUCGCUUAGCUUACCAGCGCUGACCAACUCUAUCGGAAUCUCUUGUUCGAGGAUACGUUUUAUACGUAAAAUCCGUUAACGUUACUAUCUGUGAUAAUCCAGGCGGUGGAAGCCUUAAAAAAGUUAUCUUUACAUAGGCCACUAUAGCGCGGACCAUCCUAUCGGAUAACCCUAAAUUUAGGCUCUGAAUAAUUUGUAACGUUACAAAUUUUCGAAGCAUGCUAUGAAAUUGUAAAUACGCUAUUUCGAGCAGAUUAUUUCGAGCGGUUGCGUACGAAGCAGCGUUAUAGGGCACUUUUAUCAACUUCGCUGUAGCAAAAGGGUUAAAAGCUUGGAAACAGAGUAGGUCCAUCGUAAGCCCUCCAAAUGUAUCUAAGCUAACGUCCGUGUUGCUAAAUACGAUAUCGACUGCUUCGUGAAACGAAGUCCUGACGACAAAUUUUAACUGUUUUUUUUUUUUUUUUUUCUUUGUCGCCGUCGAGAGUUAGCUUCGUCGGGGGAUUCGUUCGAUUUCUCUCCAGACGAAGCUCGUCUCUCUUUCUCUCUGGGGAAGGAAGUUGGUCGUUUAACGUUUGACAAAUAUUCGACAGAGCUUAACUAUAAACGAUGUUCGAAACGAUUUCGAAAGCGCUAUAUUUCGUCGACACGCCUUUUUAUCGUUACGUACACUAUUCGUUUGGAUAGCUUUUACAUUACCUUACGUUUUAUUCUGCGUUUAAAUCGUUCGAUCCCGUCGAUCGACGCUCGUCGAAAUCGAUGCAUCGUUCAGGUACAAAUCGCUUGGCCAUCGAGUCGCCGUUUUAGCGCGAACGUAGUCUGACUCGGUGGCAAAGUUACGCCGUGCUAAAUUAACUCCGUGUCGUUCGCGUUCUGCUUCGAAGAGUGGCGCGUUACCGUACAUCGCUGGUCAAAAACACGAAACUUUCGCGUCGAGAUCGAGUUUAACAGAUAUUUUCCAUCUAAAAUUCAUUCGCGAACAAUGCUUUUCCGACAAUUACUAUUACGAUUCGACCUGUUAGCGAAAAGUUAUCCUCCGUAUUAACGAACAGCCAAAUGGAUCGUUAACGUGCUUUUGACCAGUAAACGCGUAUAUCGUAUCGUAGAGGAGUUCGAGCGUGUAAACGAUUCGCUUAGUUUUCAUCGGUUUCACGAUUCGGAAGCUGGUCGCGAAAGAGGAGAAAGAUCGUUUUCCUUUAUAGUUAAGCGUUUUAUCGUGCGUGGAGGGGGAUGGGGGGCACGUUGAAAGCAGAAGCUAAGAGUUCUACGUGUUGUUGUAUAUUUCCUUUUUAAAUGGUUCUAACUCUUGAAACUUUAUCGGACGUUUAACGUUAAGAAAAAGUUUUAUCGGAGUCGGCGUGCGACGAGAGGACCGUGUUUCCCAGCAGCGUUGGACGACGAUGGUCGCGAGUAUCCGAAAAUUUCGAUUAUUUUGAUACCGUGAAAAAAAUAUAUUUGCUUUUAAAGGUUGUCAUUCGUGUACUUAAAAGACGAAUGUAGUAAAUGAACGUUGAUGCGCCAUCGUCGUCCUCCUAAUCGUGAUCGGCGUUGAUCGUAUGCUCUCGUGAAACUUAGGCUUCCCUUAGUCUAGUAAGGGAACAGGUAUACCUAUUUUAUGCAGAGACGUGUGGUUUUAGUUUAGGCAUCUGGCGUAACGAGGAUUUUUCGGUAAGGUCGGCUCGUGUCUCCUAGGUUCGUUAAUUAAUAGCUGAUUCGCCGGAAUCGUGCUGUACGACCGUGACGCUACGCUACCUAGUUACGCCAGUGGCUCAGGCUCUUCCUGGAUUCUUCCACGAUUAUGAGCAAGUGGUGGGACCCCUCCCCCUCUCGUUCCCCUUAAUUAAGAGAAGCCUACGUUAUAUCCGAGCGUACAUAAAGAUCGUAACGGAAACGAGCCAUUAAUUCGCGGUACGUCGUAAAAAGGGAAAAAAAGAAAUGAGACUGACUUUUUAUAGGGGACAAAUUUCACGCGAACAUUUUAAAAAUCGAAAUUGCCUUAUCGCAUCGUCGCGGAUUCAACUAGAUUUUCUUUUUCGUUUCUUCCUCUUCUGCUGUUUCUUUUUAUUAUUAUUAUUAUUUUUUUCUUUUUCU